AUGAAGCUGUUCGUCUUGAUCUCUUUCGCCACUUGGCUACAUGCAGCAACAGCACCUUCGGCCGACAAGCAGUCUCAGAAGAAGUUUGACUUUGCCAAGAUUAAAAAAAUUGUGUCUUUUGGUGAUUCAUGGACAGACACUCGGUUUAAUACCUCUGGAACUCAGCCUUCCAGCUCCAACCCAUUCGGAAAUACCGGCAAAACAAGCUCCAAUGGCAAAAUGUGGCCAAUGUACUUGACUACGCAAUACAACCAGUCUUCCGUUUUGCUAUAUAACAUGGCUGUCGGUGGUGCUGUCACUGAUAUCAACAUCGUCAAGACUGGACCCAACGACGUGGUUACCCAGGUCAACAGAUUCGACGCCUACUUACAACAAUUAGGGCCGAAAUUCUUUUCACCAAAGCACACGCUGUAUACAGUAUUUAUUGGCAUCAACGAUAUUUACCGCACUAUCAAUGACGCUGACCAGAAUGACACGGUCAUCAAGAUCAUGGAGCGCCUAGACGAGCUUACAACUGACCUCCACGGUCACGGCGCUCGCCAGUUCCUCUUCAUCUCGACGCCACCGUAA